AGCGCCACCAUCGCCACCCUAACCACCACAGUUACCUUCUCUUUCUUCUCCUCUCUUUUAAACACUAAACCAGUAAAACACAGCCCCUGUCUCUCUCGUUCUUUCUCGUUCGCAGAACAAAUCAAGCUCAAGCUCUUGUUCUCUUCGUCUCAGGUGAGCUCCAGCACGCCGGUGCCACCUGUAGCAGCGUCUGUCCCCACUGCCGCCGCGCCUCUCUCUCCUUUUAUUCCCACUCAGUUCUGGCUCGCAUAUCUUUUCAGCGCCGCAGCCAUCAUCUCCUCCAGUCAAUGCUUCCAGAUAGAAAGAAAGCAAAAAGGAAAAGAUGUUGAAGGUGAAGGUGUAUGCGGACCACAUGUCCCAACCAUCUCAUGCCAUUCUUAUCUUCUGCAAAGUUAAUGGAAUAGAAUUCGACGAGAUUAAAGUUGAAAUCUCCAAAAGACAGCAGUUAUCUCCUAAAUUUGCAGCUAUCAACCCUUUCAAGAAACUCCCUGCUAUUGUUAAUGGAAGGUUCAAGCUAUUCGAGAGGAUGUAUGGUGUGGCCCUGGAAUUGGACUCGCAUCAGAUCAUGCUUCUGCUUCUGUGGAUUGUGUGGUGGCAAGGAAGAAUGCUUCUUCAAGAAGGAACCUUGAUGCCGUUGAGAGAGCAACACAUAGGGAAGAGGUAUUCUUCUUUCUCCAUCAUCAUCUUCUACUUCAAUUCUUACUGUUUUCUUUUUUAUUUAUUUAAUUGAUUCAUUUAUGUUGUUUUCUCUUCAGACACUGCAUUUUCAUGUUCAUAUAAUUGUUGUGAAUUGAAGCCUCUUCUCUUCCUCAACUCAAUGACAGUUCUUGAUUGUUUAAUUGAUCAAAGAC